UGACGUGGCUCAAUCCAAACAAUCCAAGCAAUCCAAACUGAGGAGAAGUUGAUGGGCACAGGGCCGGAAUUCGUCAGUGAGAUUCGAACUAAAAUCGAAAGCCUAGGUAGGACCAGAGUUGACCAUUAUGUCGCCGAGUGCUUGUCCAGGUCUGAAGGCCGUGAUUUUGAUCGCGGGUCCCAUGAAGGGGACCCGCUUCCGGCCCUUAUCGUUGGACGUGCCCAAGCCGUUGUUUCCCGUGGCCGGUUUGCCCCUGAUCCAACAUCACAUCGAGGCCUUGUCGCAAGUGGACCAAAUGCGCGAAAUCCUCAUCCUGGGCUUUUACCCCAACCAUGAAAUGAACGAUUUCGUCCAAGACAUGAACCAUCAGUACAAGGCCGUCACCGUCAAGUAUUUACAAGAGUACACGGCUUUGGGGACGGCAGGCGGGAUCUAUCAUUUUCGGGAUCGGAUCAUGAGUGGCAAUCCGGAGGCGUUCUUUGUGCUGAAUGGCGACAUUUGCGCGGAUUUCCCGCUCCACGAAAUGAUCGCCUUCCAUCAAGCCAGCGCUCUGCCCGAUGUCAUGACCACCAUUCUGGCGACGGAGGCCACGAAACCCCAAUCCUUGAACUACGGGUGUGUGGUGGAGGACAAGCAUACCCAUCAAAUGUUGCAUUAUGUCGAGAAGCCCAAUAGCUACAUCUCCAGUCAGAUCAAUUGCGGCGUGUACGUCUUCUCGCCGGAGAUUUUCCAAGUCUUGGCCGACAAAUAUCAACAACGCCAGCGACGAUCCGAGACACCGGAUACCGAGGAGCCCGAAUCCAUGUGGAUCGAGCGCGAUAUUUUGAGCCAUAUGGUCACGAUUGGGCGUGGACAGGUGUUUUCCACGACCAAUUGGUGGUCGCAAAUCAAGACGGCCGGUUCCGUGAUUUACGCCAAUCGACAUUACCUCAAGUUGUUCGCCCAAUCCCACCCCGAGCGUCUUUAUCGGGCCACGGACACCCAGACCAUUGGCAACGUUUUCGUGCACCCGAGUGCCUCCAUCCAUCCAACAGCCGUGAUGGGACCCAAUGUUAGUAUCGGUCCGAAUGUGAUCAUUGGAAAAGGAACACGAAUUUCCGAGUCUAUCAUUCUGGCUGACACCUCGAUAGGAGAUCAUUCGUUGAUCAAGCACGCAGUUUUGGGAAUGAGCACCCGGGUUGGUCAUUGGACCCGGAUUGAGGGCACGCCCAAUGAUCCCAAUCCAAAUAAAGCUUUCGCCAAAAUGGACAAUCUCCCUCUUUUCAGCCAAGAAGGCAAACUUAAUCCCUCCGUGACUGUCAUUGGUUGCAAUGUGGUGGUUCCCUCCGAAGUGAUCGUUUUAAACUCGAUCGUGUUACCGCACAAGCAAAUCAGGCAUAGUUUCAAGAACGAAAUCAUUCUUUGAACGGUGACUGAUACUGGAUAAGAGUUCAGAUGCACAAGUUUGUUUUCAGAGUUUAAAGGCUUUUUUUUUUUAGUUUUCCCCCUUUUAUGCAAUGAAAAUAUUAAAAUGAAUUGGCAUUUCUACACAAAAGCA